AUGAGUGUGCAAAUUUCAAAAGUGGUGCAAUUUUCAAAAAGUAUUUACUGUACCUACAUCGUUUUUAAGUUAAUUAGUGAUUUAAGUGUUGAAAUGACGUCUGAGUACAAUAAAAAUUAUUUUGGAACUUUGCCAUGUGAAAUUUUAGAAAAGAUAUUUCUUUACAUAACAUCCAGUAAGCAAAGAAAAUCCGAGAAUGAUAGAGAAAUGUCAGAGAAUACAGAUUUAAAAUCAGCAAUGCUUGUUUGCAAUCGUUGGAAUGAAGUGAUUACAACAUCCUCAAAAUUGAUGCAACGAUUUGUUCUGCAGAUUGUUGACUCUUCACUUGACGAUUUGGAAUAUCCAAUUUAUAUAAGACGUUAUCAGUCCUGCGACAUCUAUAAGUUAUCAGACGAGAAUUUUGACUUGUGUCUUAGAGUGUUGGACAUUUAUCGACCCUAUCUUAAAGUCAUAACAUUCCAUGGGACAUUUCCUGAAAAUCGCAUCAAAAGAAUUUCAUUACUUAAUGCAUGCAAAAAUGUUGAAGAACUUAGAUUUUUUAACAUUACUGGAUCUUCGUUUACAAAAAAUCAUACUAUGACAAAUCUUUCUUCGUAUGAUCUACCUAACCUCAAAUCCUUAAGCAUCGUUGAUCGUCCACAACACAAACAUUCAACUUUGCAGAUUGUUGAUUCCUUCACUCUUGUUAACAUUGAAUCGUUAACAAUAUACAGCAAAGGAUUUUUCAAUCUUCCAAUUUAUAACGAGUGGCAAAUUAGGAAACUGGAAGUAGGAAAAGUCUUUGAAAUUCCAGGUUUUAUUCGCUUCUUGCACGAACAAAAGCCAUAUCUCAGAGAUCUAUCAAUUAGCUUCUGCUCAAGUAUUUUGGAAUAUGUUAUGAGAGAAAUGAAGGACCUAACAUCACUAAAGCUGAUUAUUGACUUCCUUCCUGAUCAUUUAAUCACAAACAAUCUAAUCGAAAGCAACACAAACCUUAAGAAUCUUACAAUCAAGUAUUCACAACUUUUUGUAAGAACUGAUUUCAUCCAAAUGAUGUUUAAACAUUAUUCAAAGAUUGAAUCUUUAACACUCGAUUUUUAUUAUGGCGGUUGGUCUUUUACAACAGACGAUUACAACAAUAUCAUUUUAAAAGAUUUAAAGCAUUUAAGCUUGAACAGCAACAGUAAUUUCGUAUUUCUACGUGGUAAUUUUCCAAAUUUGCAGUCGCUUCAUGUUGACUACUUUCGUGGAUCAAUGAUUUACACUUUCCCAUGUGUAAAAACUUUAGAACGUCUAAGCAUCAAGAUAUCGUCAUUUAAUAUUUCUGUUUUAGCUGAAUUUUAUCCAAAUCUUAAGUAUUUAUCGAUUGAAGCUGGAACCGAUUUAACACAAAAAGAGAUGUAUAGAAUCAUAACGAAACUCCCAAAACUGGAAGUUUUAAAGAUUAAACGUUACAUGUGGAAGAUUAACGAGACACCAACUGACUUUUUAGCAUCAUUAAAUCAAAACGUUUUAAAUGUAAUCUUUCAAGAAAAUUGA